AUGGCUCUGCUGCCUUGGGCCAACGAUACAGAAUUAGACUGGCUGAACGAGCAGCUUUCACGAUUUCUUGACCACCAGAAGCGCAAGAAGCUGCAAAGCUUCUUCCAAGUCUUGUACACAGACUGGAGCACACAGUUCCCAGAGCGUAUCCGCCUAUUUCCAGAUAUCGACCCAACGGCUCAGCUGACCACAGAGCAGGACCAUGCACUGACAGAUGCUAUUGCUCGCCGACAGAAGCAACUCUACAAUUGGUACAAUAACCACAAGCCCAAGGGACGCUCAGCAGACAAGACCGCAACCACCAUCCUCAAGAAUUUCAUCUCGAAGGAUGCCGUUCAGUCCAAGCGCCUUCCGCAGGAGGUGGAGGCAUACUCCUGCAAGUAUUACGUAGAGAAGGUGCAAGCUUCUGUCAAGGCGAAGAUCAAGGAAAAGAAGAUCAAGAAAGGCGAGUUGUUGCAUGUCGUCAGGCGUCAAACGCAGGCAGCAUACAACAAGGAGACGCCAGAAGUCAAGGCAGAGAUUCUGGCGGCCGUGGAGCAAGAGAAGGCAGCGCACGAGGCCGACGCUCUGCAGAUUGAGGAUGCACAUGCUCAGGGAGAAUGCUCUCCAGUGGAAUACCAAAAGUAA